GAGAGAGCAGACAUGUUGUACAUUCCCGCAGACACACUGCUGUUCCAGCCUUCCAUACUGUAGAGGACCUAUACACUUACAAGGCCUCCUGUCUGCAGCCAUGGUCCAGGUGCAGUGGCAUAGAGCCCUAUGCAGGGCAUUCCUGGUGUCCCUGCUGCUGUGGGAGUCUCGCAAUGUGUCUGCAGACUCCGACGAGGACAUGGAGGAUGGACCCCCCCAGCCCCCCCAGCCACCCCAGCCCCCCCAGCCGACCAAUGAAUGGCUACUCUGGAAGAUGAGGAACAAUGUGAAAUAUGAUGAAGAGAUGGAUGAUGUGGUGAGGAAGGGCAUUUGGGAGUCUCACAUGCAGUACAUCAAGGACAACAACAACAAGUUCCGCACAGGACUUGCUGGCUUCACGAUGGCAAUGAACAAGUUUGGAGAUCUGAGAGAUCAAGAGUACAAAAUGCUGUUGGGAGCUCAAAUCAACGGUUUUGCCAAGAGAGGCAGGGAGGUGUCUCCCCGUAAACUCAGAGCUGUGGCCAAGCGUAUGGGAAAGGCUACCGCCACCGUGGAUUACAGAAAUCUGGGCUACGUCACUGAAGUCAAGGACCAGGGUUUCUGUGGCUCCUGCUGGGCUUUCAGCACCACCGGGGCUAUCGAGGGACAGAUGUUCAAGAAGACUGGCAAGCUGACAUCCCUCAGCGAGCAGAACCUAGUGGACUGCUCCAAGUCAUUUGGAACCCAGGGCUGCCAGGGUGCCUGGAUGGCCAACGCCUAUGAUUAUGUGGUGAAGAACGGCCUGAUGGCAACCAGCGCCUACCCCUACACAUCAGCGGAUACCCAGCCGUGCUUCUACAACAACGCCAAAGCAGUGGCCAAGAUCAGUGGCUACAGGUUCAUCCCAGCUGGAGAUGAGCAGGCCCUGGCAGAUGCCGUCGCCACAAUUGGACCAAUCACUGUGGCCAUCGAUGCCAACCAGGCCAGUUUCCUGUUCUACAGCUCAGGUAUUUAUGAUGAGCCCAAGUGCAAUGCUAACAACCUGAGCCACGCGGUGGUGCUGGUGGGGUACGGCUCAGAGGGAGGAAAAGACUACUGGAUCAUCAAAAACAGCUGGGGCAGUGGAUGGGGAGAGGGUGGAUUCAUGCGGCUUAUCCGAAACGGAAGCAAUGCCUGUGGUAUCGCCAGCUAUGCCCUGUAUCCACUCAUGUAAACACUUUUAUAAAUGUGUAAUAAAUCUGAACGAUUUAUAUAAAGGGGCGGAAUAGGCCUACUGCAGCACAUGCCGUUGUUCUUGAGUGUUUAGUGUUGUUGUCUAUGUGUCUGUGUGUAUGGUUUUUGUGUUUGUUUGUGGUUGUUUGUUUUCUUUUUUAAUUAUUGUUAUUUUGCUGAGGGGAUAAAAGCAGCAUUUCAAGCAACUUUGUAAUAAGCUAGGAAGUUUUCAUAUGGGACAUUUGUCUUUUUUCAGUGGACAAGUUUCAUAAUGUUGCAAAAUGGAGUCGCUAGUGUUUUAACAUGCCUUGUUGAAGGUAGCCUAUUGUUUGUUACUGAGUGUAAAUGUGUGUGUUACUUUCUUUUCUAACACAGUUUGUGGUAAAGGAACAUGCAUUUGGUGCUAUGACCGCUGGUCUUUUUCAAAUACAACCCACUUAAAUAAUAACAAAAUAACAAAAUGUUACUGUUUUUGUUUAACCAGUCAAAUGGAGUAAGACAAAAUAAACACAAAUCCAA